AAGUAAAAAGUCAUGGCAAGUUUGUGCAAUUUUUCCUGCUGUUUUGACAUAAACAAAGAUAUUUUAUGCUUCGUAAAAUCUCUUCGAGACAAGCUUCCUGUUAAUACAUCAGCUGCAGGUGAUGAAAAAAAGCCAGAGCUGACUGUCCGCAUCGUUGGGCAAGAGCGUUCUGAUGAAGUCUUGUAUGUAUGGGAUGAUGUUUCACCAUUCUCCAGAGAAGCUGUUACUCAUGUUGGAUUGUAUGAUCCAGCCAAACAGAAGAACUCGGUGUUAUUUGUUCAUGACAGUAAGCUGAAUAUUAUAAGCUGCACCAUGAACCAAGAGUGCAGUAUUAUUGCUUAUGUGACACUAGAGGGGCCAUCUACUCAUGCUGAAACGACGACAGAAUCAUCACCGCAGGCUAGCUUUGGGAAGACAAGGGUUUCACCCUUCUGCUUGUACAGAGCAUUCUUGGCUGAGAUUCAGCCUCAGAAUCGGAUCUUUGAUCUCAACGUGGAGCGGCGGAAUCUUCUCAGAGUGCAGUUCCUCUGGGGUCGUCAACCGAAGGACCGGGACGCAGCGAGCCGUGAGUCACGCCUACUGUUUCUGCUUCAUAAAGAAUCUAUUGGGCUCUACAGCCUCUCACUUGCAAGAAUGGGCAACAAAGGAGUCAUGAUGAGUGCGCCACCAGAUACUCAGCAGGUAUUAGGGAAGUUCAUCUGGGCUCAAUGGGACGUCAGUAAUCAGCAGUUAUACGUCCUUCUGAUGAGAUUUCGUCAAGGGGAAGAUAAACCUACCCCCAUCUUGCGAUGUCUGGAGUUCAACAGUAAAACAACUCUCUUCACAAAAAUAUUGGAACUCACCCUGCCUUUCCCAAUCAAGUAUAGUGUUGGAAAAGAGCAGUAUUCACAUGUGGCACCAAGCCGAACAAUGUCAGAGAGUUCCUUCAACAUGGAGGUGAUAGUUCAACCCGGUGGUUCUUUCUGUGUCUGCUACCAACACCCAACCAAACCCAAACUCCAACAAUCCACGAAGCAUUCCACUCAAGACAAAACCACACCCCGCACACCCGAUCUCUCCCCAAUCAGCGAGAGUGAAAGUCAUGAGCACAAGAAUCGCCGAACAACUCUACCAGAUCUUGAAACCGACUUAGUCUCCGACGUUAAUCGACGAAGAGCGGUUUCAGAUCUCUCGUUUACCUCAUCGACAUCGUCCCCGCAAAGCACCUGGUACCGCGAUCUUUCAACCGAUGCGUCCUCACCUGGAUCAUCAUUUGAAUGUCUCAACUAUCCAUCGUUAAGCUUUGACUCCCUAUCUUCGACCCCGCCAGGUACCUUAAAGUCACCUCCUAGCCCCCUCUUCACGUCCUUCCGAUGGGGAGACCGGCAGCUUUCCACCCCUAGUCCAACCGCUGAGAAACUGGACACCGUUGAUCUGAAUUACUCUGUUCUGACUCUACAUCACAUGACAGUCUUACAUUGUAGUGUACCUCAAAUACGGAGAGAAUUGGCCGAAACCACGAAACUCUAUUUUACGCCCUUGGAGAGUUACAUUUUAGUAUACUCCCCUGGUAACCUGCUCCACCUACUGAAUGUUAGUCCUGAAGUUGUACCGUGUUUGCAUGUGGCCUUUCAUGGUGCGUCGGUACCCACUAGUCCUGUCAUGGAAGAUGACGAUGCAUCAUUAUGUGAUACCCAACAUGGCUGCCAAACAUUGACACAUUUGAACCGGGUGAAAACAGCCAACUCAAGUGGUGACUGUAUUUUCAAUACAGAGACAGGUAAAAUGUUUAGAGUGAGUAUAAACAAGGAAGCAAUACCUAAACUGUUGGUCCAGGACGUCUGUCACUCCAACAAACUGGCGCUCAUCCACCUGGUAACCCUACACCUCAGAGACUCUGUGCUGAUUCAAAAGGUGAUAAAUGUACUGUGUGAAGACUCCACCAAUCUGAAUUUAUCAGAGUUACUGGCUGAGCAUCUCAUGGGAGCAACAUUCAGUGCCAUUAGGAGGCAGUUUGACCGAGAUAUACUCCGGCUCUUACAGUUCACUAACACUGAUACAUCAAGAGGUCAACUGGCUGAGACAUCAGAUGGUGAGAGAUUGGCCAGCUUCAGACACUGCAGUUAUAACAUCAAACCAAAUGUUUUUGUUCAUAAGAAAGAUUGGAUGGAACGUCGUCUGUCAAUGGAAGUAAGCUCAACCAACAUGUGGGAGACAUUAGAGCAGAGAAUACGAAGCUUCAGUCCACCACCGGAUCCAUUCCUCUUUACCAAACCACCUCAACGAUUCCAUCCAAGUUUCAUUGAAAGAGAGAUUCGCAAACAGAGAGCACAGUCACUUAAUGAGAGUAAUCUUGCAAGGCAGAAUCCAACCCAGCGGACGUCGUUCCUGAAGAAGGUGGCCGCCUCAGCCCGACGUGUCAUCACACCCUCUAAGAAAUCAGUCAUCACAAUCCAGCCUGAGAACGAUAACUCUUUGGUUCUAAUGGAGGAAGAUACACCAUUGACUGACAAUACACAGGAGACUAUCUUAGCACUGACUGCGGAGAAGUUAUUGGCCCACCUCGGGAGAUACUCCAGCCAGUCAGUAAGCCGAGACAGACUGGUCAAUAUUGCUCAGGAGUAUGUGACAUGCCAACUGCAGCAAGCCAAGCAACUGGUACUGCUGUUGCUACAUUCCUGCGGUUACCAGGAUGCUCGUACUAUACCACGCAGCAACGUCACUCUGAAAGAGCCGUCUUUUCAAGCUUAUCAACUCUUCCGAUUGAUUGAGAGAUUCUUCAUGGCUGUACAAUCCGUCUGCUUCCCGGUACCUCCUGGUUUCCAGACGUAUUUCACAAUACAAGGAUUACGUUGUCUAGAUCCUGGUAUGUUUCUUCAGUAUGUAGACUAUGGUGUACUAAGACUGACUGAGGAGUUUGUGUCACGCCUGAUGCAUGAAGUCUCUGAUAAUGAUCAGGAUAUGGUUAAUAUGAAGAUUGAAAUCGUCUCAAGAUUACCAAAGGGCGGAUUUAUGCAAGCUUUGCAGCGAUGGAAUCAUCCAAUCAGCAAGCAGUAUUUAGCUCAGCUCUACGUUGCAGAUACACUCAAGGAAGAUGGAUCCAAAACAACGGAUUACAGGAAUCGUCCCUUUCGAAGUGGCUCGCAAAUCUCCAAUAACUCAGGGAGCCUUGAUCCACAACCAGGCGUUGCAUCUACAUUUCCCCCACUAUCAACACUGAUGAGACUUCUAGAAAACCGAGAUCCUAAAGUUGGCUCAACCAUAAGAAACAGAGAUUCUGAGCAUCAUGUGGACACAAGAUUUGUAGAGAAGGUUGCGUUGCUACAUACAGUAGACAAAUAUGGACCAGACCUUAGUGCAGUAUCAUUCUAGGAACAUGUCCCUGAUCGAAGUUUCUUCUCAAAAAGAUAUAACUAUUAUAAGUUAUGUCAAUUAUUUAAAGGCAGUGGACACUAUUGGUAAUUACUCAAAAUAAUUAUUAGCAUAAAACCUUAC